AUGUCUGUAAGAAUCAAAUACACUAGCAUAAUAGAAGCUACGACUGGAUUGAAAUCGUUGAGUUUAUCAAAAAAGAACAUAUUAGCUUUAGGGAGUGGUGAAGAAGAAGAUUGGUUGCUAUUAAAUGAAGUGGAUGCACAAUUUAAUUUGCAUCCUAUAUAAAUUGGCAAAAUGGAAAAGAGAAUGAUCUCUCAAUUAACAUGGUCUCCAUCAGGACUCUAUUUGGCAACAAGUAAUGAUAAAUUGAUUGUUUGGUAAUUCAAUGGCGGCAAUUUGUCUAUAUAUCGAACCUAUUAAGGACAUAAAUUGGAAAUUACUGCAUUGUGUUGGUCCCCUGAUGAUUAAAGAAUAGCCACGGCCUCAUUAGAUGGAAACAUCUUUAUUUAUCAUAUUAAAUAGGAUGGAAUUCAACAUAAAAUAGAUUGCGGUUAAAAAACAGUUGGCAUAUGUUGGGAUCCCUUUGACAAAUACAUUGUUUCCUUGAAAUUUGACAAUACAGUCAAUUUUUAUAAACUUGAUAAUUGGAAACAAGAAAUCACAGUUUCCCUCCAAAUACAAGGCAAACAAUGCACAACCAAAAGAGAAGAUAGGAAAUUAGAUUGGAGUGUAGAUUGCAGAUAUUUGGCAGUUCCAAAUUUAGAUGAUAAAACCAUUCCAACAGUGGCUAUCUUGGAUAGAAACCAGAAUUUUUAAGUUGUAAGAACUAUAGUUGGUCCAUUCUCAUCAAUCAAUGUUGUUAGAUUUUCACCAAUGUUAUUUAAGAAUUCUAAUUCUAAUGACUAUUUUAGUGUCUUUGCUAUUGGAGAUAAUGAUGGUAAUAUCAGUUUAUGGUAAAUAAAUGAGAAUCAAGUUGAUGAACAACCAUUUCUCUUAGUGAAGGGUCAUAAGAAGGCAGGAGAACUAAUAGAGGAUAUUACAUGGAAUCAAUAGGGAACUGUUUUAAUGGCUACAACCUCCAAAAAAUAUAUAAUUGUUGUUGAUUUUCAAAUGAGUUUAGGUUAAGUGUUGACUGAAAAUGAGAAAUAGUAAGCAAUUAAAAGUCUUUAUGGGGAUCUUAAAAACACUAUCAAAUAAAUUCGGUUUUAUUAACCAAAAAUUAAUAAUGAUAAUAUCAAAUUCGCAGAUAUGCAGUUGGAAAAAAUUAAUGUGUAAGAUGAAUUGAAAAAUCAAAUUCCUGAUAGCACAAUCCAAUAAAGGGAAAUUCCUAAAUAAACCCAAACCUAAUUUAAGUAGGUUAUUGUAGAUGGCAAAAAAAAAUUAAUUCCUCUUGAUGUGAAUUCAUCAGAACCAGUUAUCAAGAAGGUUGAAUAACAGUAACCAUUGCUUGUUAUUUCAUAAUAUGAAGUAUUACCUAAGAGUUACUCGUUUUAAAUGAAUAAUAAAACUCUCCUAUUGGAAGUUCAAAAAUAAUAGUAAAGAAUAUUCAAUUAAGCUGUCUAUGGAACUUUAAUUAGAUGUAUUGAAAAUAACACGCCAAAAUGGAUUGAUUAUGUAGAGGGUUAAGUAAAGACCAUUCAAUAUAAUGAUGACCUUAUUAUCAUAUAUACUGACUAAGCUUUACUUUACAUUGAGAAUCAUAAAGGAAUGAGAUAGGAAGCGCCAUUUAUCUUGCCUUUCUUAAGUUAGAUUGUUCUUAGUCCCAAAAAUCAUAUCUUAUGUCUUCAAAACACUGGAGAAUUUAAAGUCAUCAAUUUAAAUUCAAAAACUAUUUCUUAUGAAGGAGACAUCAAAAUCCUUAUGUAAUAUGUCUAUGAAUGGAUGGAUAAGAAGUAAUUGUUGAAUGAUGAUGAGAAGAAAGGCAAAUAAAGCAUUGACCCAUUAAUAAAAGCAAAUCUGAAGAUUGAUACUGAAGGAUACCCAUUAGUUGAAUUUCUAUUUAAGGAUUAUUGUGUUUACACUUAUCAUAAGUAAUUGAGAUAAUGGAUCAAAACUAAAUAAAUUGAUGUGAACAAUCAAAAUUAGGAUAUCAAGAAUUUAAAGAAAUUUAAUUUUAAUUAAUACUAAACUCCUCCUUAUAAUGACGCUUAGAUAUAUAAAAGAUUAAUUUAAAAGACCACUAUUGAAGAUGCAAUAAAUGAUAUUUAAUAAAUAUCGAAAUUGGAAGAACAAUUAAAAAUAUUUUGGUCAGAUGGAGAUAUUAAAACGUAUGAGAAAGCAUUAUAUACUUAUAUUAAGAAAUUAUGCGAUACUUGGCCAAAUAAUCAAGAGAAAUUGUCAAAUAUUAUUGAAACAAUGAUUACUAACCAAAAUUCAGCUGAGUACAAAUAUUUGAAAGAACGAGUUUAGGAUAUGGAAGAACUAAAGAAAAAAAUAAUUUAUAUCCUACAGCAAUUUCCAUAAACUAGAGAUUUAAUAUUGUGUCUUUUUCCAGAUCAUUUCUGA